GCUGCUUGGGCUCAGGCGAAGAGGAGCUGCGGCGGUGACAGGUUCUAACAUCUGGGGACCUUUGCUCUUCCGUUGGCUUUUCCUUUCAAGAGUUCCAGGAGCUAUGUUGUCAGAAGUCUUGUUGGUGUCUGCUCCAGGGAAAGUCAUCCUUCAUGGAGAACAUGCUGUGGUCCAUGGCAAGGUAGCGCUGGCUGUGGCCUUGAACUUGAGAACAUUCCUUCGACUUGAACCCCACAACAAUGGGAAAGUGGGCCUCAACUUACCAAACAUUGGUGUCAAGCAGGUUUGGGAUGUGGCGAGUCUUCAGCUGCUGGACACAAGAUUUCUGGGACAAGGUGAUGUCACAGCACCCACCCCAGAGCAAGUGGAGAAGCUGAAGGAGGUGGCAGGCUUCCCUGACAACUGUACUGUCACCGAGCGCCUGGCUGUGCUGGCCUUCCUUUACUUAUACCUGUCCAUCUGCCGGAAGCAGAGGGCCCUGCCGAGCCUGGACAUCAUGGUGUGGUCAGAGCUGCCCACUGGGGCAGGCUUGGGCUCCAGUGCCGCCUACUCGGUGUGUUUGGCAGCUGCCCUCCUGACAGCCUGUGAGGAGAUCCGGAACCCACUGAAGGACGGGGAUCACGUCGGCAGGUGGACUGAGCAGGAUUUGGAAUUAAUUAACAAGUGGGCCUUCCAGGGGGAGAGAGUGAUUCAUGGGAACCCCUCCGGAGUUGACAAUGCCAUCAGCACAUGGGGAGGAGCGCUCCGGUACCAACAAGGGAAGAUCUCACCCUUAAAGAGGCCACCGGCUCUCCAGAUCCUGCUGACCAACACCAAGGUCCCUCGCAGCACCAAGGCCCUUGUGGCUGGCGUCAGGACUAGGCUGAUUAAGUUCCCAGAGAUCGUGGCCCCUGUCCUCACCUCCAUAGAUGCCAUCUCCCUGGAGUGCGAGCGCGUGCUGGGAGAGAUGGCGGCAGCACCAGCCCCAGAGCAGUACCUCGUGCUGGAAGAGCUCAUGGACAUGAAUCAGCACCACCUGAAUGCCCUUGGUGUGGGCCAUGCCUCUCUGGACCAGCUCUGCCAGGUGACCUUGGCUCAUGGACUGCACAGCAAGCUCACUGGUGCAGGUGGCGGCGGCUGUGGCAUCACACUCCUCAAACCAGGUCUGGCACGGCCAAAAGUGGAGGCCACAAAGCAAGCACUGACCAGCUGUGGGUUUGACUGCUGGGAAACUAGCAUUGGUGCCCCUGGAGUCUCCAUUCACUCAGCUGCCUCUCUGGACAGCCCUGUCCGGCAAGCCCUGGAUGGCCUCUGAAAUGAACCUGUGAUGCUGCUACACCACCAAGAGCCCCAUUCUCGAUUAUUCUAGGGGCUGGAUUUAGCCUCCGUGCUGUCCAGUGGGUGCCUAGCUCCUCUGUGAUGCCUUUUCUGCUGGCCAUGGCUCCAGUCACAGUGGUGGGACUUGAGUCUGCCCUGGGCUGGGCUGCCAGAGCACUCAGCAUCCUCUCGAGCCAGCCAGACAGUGGGGCCCAGUGGGGUCUUCUGAGACUUCAGACCUGAGACAUGAGGAGGUUCCACAUCUUCCCUGAAGCUCCCAAAGACCUAUCUGCUUUGGGCCCCUCUACCUCCACCUGCAGACUCGCUGGCCCGUAUGGAUGGAUGUCCGACUGCUGAAGCAGGGUGCCUGCUCUCUCCCUCUGCCUCGACCCUUCACCUGACUCUCCAGGGCUAGGCACCUCCACCUCCUCCAGGAAGCCUUCUCUGACCCCUGCCCGGCUGACCCCUGCUGCACUUCCCUCCUGUGUUAUCUGCCAUCUUGUCUGACUUGUCCAGUACUUUCCAUGCCUGCCCUUCUGCCCAGUUUGCUGGGGCUACCCCAGGGACUGCCUGGGUGGUGGCCUUUGCCUUCUGUCCUCUAGCCUGAGGGGUGGCUACAUGAAGGCAGGGUCAAUGUGCAGUUUCUUCCAGUCUGCACCUGAGGGUUUGGCAGAAAAGAUGGCGCAGAAGGAAUAAAAAGAUUUUGAAUAAACAGCACUUUACUCCAUGUGCAGAAAGACAGGGGCUGCGUAGACUCCAGCCCAUCAUGCCUGCCCCUGUCGUCCCCUCUCCAGCUACUUUCUUGGUGGACCUCUUCUGCAAUUGAAGGAAUUAAGGGCUUUGGGUCACUGUGUGUGUCUCAGGGAUAGGGUGGUUUUCCCAGAUGGCCCUUCCUAUAUAGGGCUCAGAACACAUAUGCCAGGACAAUGCUCUCAGGCCAUCAGCACAACCACAGGCUGCUUCUCCAGAAGGGAAAUGUAGAACUUCUUAGCAUCUGGAAUCACAGGAACCUGGUAAUGCACAGACUUUUGUAAACAGAAAGCUGCAGUAGCUCCUGGGACGUUCCUUUCUGAAAUUAACUGGCCAGGUGGAGAAAACAGACUCUUGAUGUUCAUUGCCUCAGUGCUUUCAUGUUGCUGGUCAAGCUGGCUCAUUCUGAAAUGGUGGGAUCCACUGGGAAACCUGUGUAGGUAUUGCUUUGUCAACAGAACCUCUGGGAGCCACAGGUCUGCCAGAGGCAGGGUAGAAAGGUGGGGGCGGGGCAGAGAUUGCAGGUUUUGGUUAAAAUGGCUUAGUGCGCGUCUGCCCUUGGCCACUAGGGGGCAGCUGGUGCCUUUCCCAGUUGACGUCUUCGGGGAGGAUGGGAGUGAGCCGUCUGGAGCUAAAGAGUGGAGACCGACCUCCAUCCCUAUUCCCAGGCGCCUCUCUGGGCCUGCCUGGGGUUACUGCCAGGCACAGGGGAACAAGAGGAAGGACACCUGCCCCAGCAUCACUGAUGGCAGUUCCCUGCCCCUGCCCUUUAAAACACAAUGCAUAAAACAACAAUAUUAAUACAGAGCUCUCAGCAGAGGACAAGCACUAUUUUCAGUCCUGUACAUAUGUCAUCUCUGAAUCUCUUCCCCAAC